GACCCGCAGGAACCGGAUACAGUUAAUUUGGCUGAGCCGUGGCUGUGAGUUGUGUUGAUUUCUAGAGAGGAGGAAAAGAAGACUUGACGGUUGGAUUAACCUUAACUGCAUUUUCAGUGUUAUUGUGACUGUUUCACACGUACAUUCAAAACUCAAAGAAGCUUGUGGCAACCGUGGAAUCGGUCCAUGGGAAGGAUCUAACAAUGUUCAGCUUUGAGGGAGAUUUCAAGACAAGACCCAAGGUUUCACUUGGAGGAGCAAGUAAAAAGGCAAAGAAAGCAUCUCUGCUGUACCGCACUCAGGAGGGAAGAAGGAAAAGAGAGGAUGAAAGAAGACGUCUGAAGAAUGCCAUUAUCAUUCAGUCCUACAUACGUGGUUACCAGGACUUGAAACUACAGUAUUCCAUCCAGAGGGCGAGGUUUGACCAGUGUGUCAGCCAAACACAGGCAGUAGGAGCUCAGCAAGUCUUGGAUGGUCCCACUCUCUGUCUUUUAUCAAGGCAACUCAUAUUUUUCUACAGACAGACUGUGGAUGCACAGAGAUUGACAUGGUUGUGCCAGAAUCUGGUGAAACACAACAGUCACUUUGUGAAGCUGCUGGGCGGUCCACAGAAAGAGACCUGUAUGUUUCAGAUCAAGAGGAUUUUAGGCUUUUGCUGCAGAAUCCUGCAGAACUGCAAGGAUGACAGUAUAAAUGUGACAGUUCCCAUGCGGAUGCUAGAAAUCUUUUCAUCAGAGAGAACCUAUCUUCUUGUUAUUCCAGAUGCCAAUUAUGUAGCUUCGUUACUCGAGCAGAUUUUGCACUAUAUGGUACAGAAAGGAUACUACAAGUCGCUGUAUAUUCUUGUGAAUCACAGACUCCCUUCCAGUCUGGAGUACAGCGAUGCUCCUUCUAUCCCUCUGGCAAGCACACUGUUGGAACACAUCCUCAAACCUCUGCACUUUACCUAUUCCUCCUGCACAACAGGCGCAAGGCAGUUUGUGUUUGCAGCCUUUACUGAGGAGUUCAUCUCUGCACCAUUUACUGAGCAGAUAUUUCACUUUUUUAUCCCGGCACUGUCGGACCCCCAUCUUGCAUUCCCAUUUGAGGCCUUUCUGAGCUCCCUUCAGGCCACCGUCGGCUCCUCCUCAGCAGCACAAAGUCAAGCACCAUGGCUGUUUUACUUUGUCCUCUCUGCUGGGGAGAACUGCUUAAGCUCGCUGUCAGAGAAGGGUCUUUUGCUGUACCUGCGGGCUCUGCAGUCAUUGCUCCCACUGCUGCCUGUAUCAGAGAGCAGCAGCAGGCCCGAAGCCAGCAGCGACUCAGAGGACGAGGAUGAGGCUGGCAUCCGUCCACCACCCAUGCAGGAUGACAGCCGGAUCUCUGUGCAGCUGAUCACAGAGGAGUGUGUUCACAAACUGGACACCAAGCAGCAGACAAAUGCCCUCCUGAACCUGGUUUGGAGGGAUUCAGCCAGCGAGGAAGUUUUCACUAUGAUGGCGUCCAUCUGUCACACACUGAUGGUGCAGCAUCACCUGAUGGUGCCAAAAGUCAGACUUCUGUACAGUUUAGCUUUCAAUGCACGUUUCCUGAGGCAUCUCUGGCACCUGGUGACUUCCAUGACAACUAAAAUGAUCACUGGCUCCAUGGUGCCACUGCUACAGUUGAUCUCCCGAGGUUCUCCCAUGUCGUUCGAGGACUCGAUCCGCAUCAUUCCUCUUUUCUAUCUCUUCAGCUCUCUCUUCAGUCACUCACUUAUCUCUGUGCACGACAGUGAGUUUUUUGGACAUGGUAAUGAAAUUGAAGGUCAGACACAGUCCUCAAUGAUGCCUUUUACGCUGUCAGAGCUGGUGACUUUGUCUCGCUGUCUGAGAGAUGCAUGUCUGGGAAUCAUUAAGCUGGCCUACCCUGAGACCAAGACGGAGCACAGAGAGGAGUACAUGGCGGCCUUUCGAAGUGUAGGUGUCAAGACAAACACUGAGGUUCAGCAGCGAAUCCAGGCUGAGCAGAAGCGUUGGGUACAGCUCUUUAAGGUCAUCACUAACUUGGUGAAGAUGGUGAAAGCACGAGACAUUAGACGUCCCUUCUGUCCAACAGGUCACUGGCUUUCUGAGGAGGUCAACAUCAGAGCAGAUAAGGUCACUCAGCUGUACGUCCCCUCCGCAAGACAUGUGUGGAGAACAAGAAGGAUGGGGCGCAUAGGACCGCUUCAGUCAACACUUGAUGUGGGCACAGAGCCUCCACAGCUGUCAGUGUCUGAGGAGCGACAUCUGGCCAUCCUCACAGAGCUCCCGUUUGUGGUUCCAUUCGAGGAGCGAGUCAAGAUCUUCCAGAGGUUAAUUUAUGCUGACAAACGGGACGUUCAGGGUGAUGGGCCAUUCCCAGAUGGCAUCAAUGUCACUAUCCGACGCAACUAUAUCUAUGAAGAUGCUUAUGACAAACUCUCCCCGGAAAACGAACCAGACCUGAAGAAAAGAAUUCGAGUCCAUCUGCUGAACGCUCACGGUCUGGAUGAGGCGGGCAUAGAUGGAGGCGGCAUCUUUCGGGAGUUUCUUAAUGAGCUCCUCAAGUCGGGCUUCAAUCCCAACCAGGGUUUCUUUAAAACAACCAACGAGGGCCUGCUCUAUCCCAGCCCCGCUGCAGAAAUGCUGGUCGGGGAUUCAUUCACCAGACACUACUACUUCCUGGGCAGGAUCCUGGGAAAGGCGCUGUAUGAAAACAUGCUGGUGGAGUUGCCAUUUGCCAGUUUCUUCCUGUCAAAACUUCUGGGAACCAGUGCAGAUGUGGACAUCCACCACCUGGCCUCACUGGACCCAGAGAUGUACCGCAACCUUCUCUUUCUCAAGAGUUACGAGGGUGACGUGGAGGAGCUGGGCCUAAACUUCACAGUUGUCAACAACGAUCUGGGAGAAGCUCAGGUGGUUGAGCUCAAGCCAGGGGGCAAAGACAUUCCUGUGACCACGGCAAACCGAAUAGCCUACAUCCAUUUGGUGGCGGACUACAGACUCAACAAGCAGAUCAGGCCUCACUGUUUGGCCUUUAGACAGGGUCUGGCUAAUGUAGUCAACCUGGAGUGGCUGCGCAUGUUUGACCAGCAGGAGAUCCAGGUGCUAAUAUCUGGGGCACACGUGCCAAUUUGUCUUGAUGACCUAAAGAAGUUCACCAAUUACUCGGGCGGCUACUCGGCCACGCACCCUGUCAUUCAGAUCUUUUGGGAGGUGGUCGAAAGUUUCACUGAUGAGGAAAAGCGCAAAUUGUUGAAGUUCGUCACCAGCUGCUCCAGACCUCCACUGCUGGGCUUUAAGGAGCUGUACCCGGCCUUCUGCAUCCACAACGGCGGCGCAGACCUGGAACGUCUGCCCACCGCCAGUACGUGCAUGAACCUGCUCAAGCUCCCGGAGUUCUGCGACCAGCACUUAAUGAGGAACAAGCUGCUGUACGCCAUCGAGUCCUCUGCCGGGUUUGAGCUAAGCUGAGAAGGACAAAGGCUUCUCUGUCCCUGCAACCACUGACUCCGACAUCAUAGAAAUGUCUUAGGAGGAAACAUUUGAGACAGAGAACCAAACACAUGAGGAUGAUGCACUGAACUACUUCAUUUUCUGUGUGGUUGUGAAUGUGUGCAUGCGCCAAGCCAAUGAGCGAGGUGGAGGUCGUAAAAGGAAGAGAAAUUAAAUGGUGCAAGAAUCUAGCAGGGUGAGAAGCCUUUUAACUUGUUGCUUUUAAGUAAUUUAAAUGUUUAUUCGUGUGUCAGAACACUUCAGAAGAUUGGUGAUACAGAAACCAUCACACCCUUUAAUAAAAACACAAAAUAGGCAGAAGCAUCUGCUCUCGUGUAAUCGAACAUGAAUGGACAGUGGGUUUUCACCAAAGAUUUACUGGAUGUGGCAUCAUAUUAAAUGCAAUAUAACAGCAAAGGGACAGACUGUGGUGUGUGAUAAGGGCUGUAGUGGUGGGGAAGCCUUUGUGUAUAGUGAUUAUGUAUUUUCCUAUAGAGAUCACACAGUUUUUGUGAUAGUUUUAUUUACAGUAAUUCCUGUCUGCCCAGUGAGCAGACGGUGAUGGUUCACAUACCAUCUGACGUGUGCUCGUGGCUCGUGCUCUGCUGGACUAAACUGGGGGAGAGCAUUACAAUUAUGGUUUUGUGAAUAUGUAUGUACAUGUUUACAACCAAUCUUGUAUUAUUCAUGUAUUCAGUAUUUGUACAGUAUUGUUUCGCUUUUGUGUGGUGAAUGUCACAUUUCACUGAGUUUGAACCAUCUCUUCCCAGAACAGUGCCCAAAUGUUUGCUUUUAAGGAGCAACUACUGCGAUAAGGCUCACAAACCCUCAUGAAUGAUGACAAAAAACAAAAUGGAAAUGAAUGAAAAACACUUUUCUUUUGCACGUUCCUUCCAUAAGUCUCCCUUCUUGUUGCUUGUAAUUUACAGUAAUGGCCAAGACAUAAAACAGUGCUUUGUGGGAAAAUCUCUUCCUGAGUUUUAUGGCCUCUGACAUAUAAUUAAAGAAACAUCCAGUUAAGAAACACUGAGCAGAACUAUUCUGGCCUUGAGAUGCAUUAUCGGCCUGAGCACAAAUUAAGAUGUGUGUGCGUUUGUCAUAAAUCUACCUGCCCUCUGAUGCAGAACAGCCCAGGAGGAGAUCCAUCCUUCUUUGGACUGAGUCCAUCUCUCUAUCUUCUCCUCCUUUCUGCAACGGCCAACUUGCUGCCCCUUCUUCACAUCCCAGAGCCCCAACACAGCACAUCCACUGGGCCAGGGAACUCAAAGUGGUAAUUGGGUCUUAAAAACCGGUCUUGUCAUUGAAAUGAGGGAUUCAUCUCAAUUACUAUGAGAUUUAUUUAAGACUAUUACCUUGUGAUUGAUUAUAACUGACAAAGUUAAUGCAGAGUGUUAUGAAUCAUCCUUGCUGUGUAAUAUACUUUACUUUGCUCAGAGGCCUUUUGAUGGCUAAUUGAUGCUUUUACCCUUGUUUAUCUUUCUGCACAGCAAGGAAACAUGAAACAGGAUUAAAGCUCACUCCACUAGCUACAGUCUCAAUAAGCACAUAAGCUGUUCAAACCUUGUGAGCCCAGUGUUAUUGCAGAUGUAAUAAGUAGAGCAGAAAGGGUAACAGAUAAUAACUGUUAUACCUGCUAGUGUUGGAACCACAAUAAAAAACAAAUUGCCUUUG